GAUCACAGCUCGAUUUUCUUUAUUGUUCCGUUGGUUUUCUUGAGAAAUUUUCUUUCUUGGUAUCAUCAAACUCGUUGGUAAAGAAACUUCACGCACGUAUCUUCAAUGUUGAGCUGUUCUAAUGGUACCGUCGUGAUCGCAACCGCCAUGGUUUGCUCAAGCACCGCUCUGUUUCUCGCCAUGGCUCGUCAAUUCCAUGGAAAUCAUCAAACCUCUAAGGUUCUUGAUCAGACUCCACGACCCAUUCUCCGUUCUUGUUUAUCUUCAGAGGAAACGAAGAAGCAGAGGAAGAGGAUAAAGAAAGUGCGGUUCGCGGAUAAUGUGAAAGACACGAAAGGGAACGGGGAAGAAUACCGGAGGAGGGAAUUGAACCGGAGAAGCGUACCGGAGCCAGUGAUUAAACCGGGGAAGACCGGUUCUAUGUGUAGAAUCUCUACUAUGCCAGCGAACCGGAUGGCUCUGUACAAUGGGAUUCUCAGAGACCGAGAUCACAGAGUUCAAUGUUCUUAUUGACUUUCUCUUCUUGAUUAAUAAGAAGUCAAUAGAUUUAGGUUUAGUAACAGAGCCAAGUCUUAGUUUGUUAUGUUAUUCUCUUACUAAUCAUUGUAAUAUAUCUUAGGUUUGGUUUAAGUUCAUAGUUGCUAUAAAUACUUGACUCUCCAUAAUGGUUGAUCCAUUAUUGGAUGCUGUUGUAAGAUGGUUUGUGAUAUAAAAUAAAGAACAACUUGGAAA